GAGCCAGAGCCAGAGUCCGCGCCCGGCGCAGCCGCCGAGCCUAGGGCGAGCGCGCCUCUUGCCCGCCGCCCGUCCCCGCUGCCCGCAGCCUCGUCCCCACCGCCGCCGCCCCCGGGGCAUGGCCUGUCUGACGGCCGCUUUCUCGGUCGGCACCGCCAUGAAUGGCAGCAGUCACUCUGCAGCAAUGACAGAGCCCAAGUCAGUGUGCGUCUCUGUGGACGAGGUGGUCUCCAGCAGCAGGGAGGUGAUAGAGAUGGAGCUGCUGAACGGACUAUUGAAGAAAGAGGAUAACAGUCUCACAGAGGCCCAGCGCCUCUCCUCCCUGCCGCGGAGGGCGGCUGUGAACAUCGAAUUCAAGGACCUUUCCUACUCGGUCCCAGAAGGUCCCUGGUGGAGGAGGAAAGGAUACAAGACCCUUCUGAAAGGAAUUUCUGGGAAAUUCAACAGUGGAGAGCUCGUGGCCAUCAUGGGUCCUUCCGGGGCUGGGAAGUCCACGUUCAUGAACAUCCUGGCCGGAUACAGGGAGACGGGCAUGAAGGGCGAGGUCCUCAUCAACGGCCUCCCGCGGGACCUACGCUGCUUCCGGAAGGUGUCCUGUUACAUCAUGCAGGACGACAUGCUGCUGCCUCACCUGACCGUGCAGGAGGCCAUGAUGGUGUCUGCGCAUCUGAAACUCCAGGACAAGGACGAAGGGAGACGGGAGAUGGUCAAGGAGAUCCUGACGGCCCUGGGCCUGCUGUCUUGCACCAACACGCGGACCGGCAGCCUCUCGGGCGGCCAGAGGAAGCGCCUGGCCAUCGCGCUGGAGCUGGUGAACAACCCUCCGGUCAUGUUCUUUGAUGAGCCCACCAGCGGCCUGGACAGCGCCUCCUGCUUCCAGGUGGUCUCCCUGAUGAAGGGGCUGGCCCAGGGGGGGCGGUCCAUCAUCUGCACCAUCCACCAGCCCAGCGCCAAGCUCUUCGAGCUGUUCGACCAGCUCUACGUCCUCAGUCAAGGACAGUGUGUGUACCGGGGAAAAGUCUCAAAUCUUGUGCCGUAUUUGAGGGAUUUAGGUCUGAAUUGCCCAACCUACCACAACCCGGCCGAUUUUGUCAUGGAAGUCGCGUCCGGUGAAUAUGGCGAUCAGAACGGCCGCCUGGUGAGAGCCGUCCGGGAGGGCAUGUGUGACUCUGACUACAGGAGAGAGCCCGGAGGUGAUGGCGAGGUGAACCCUUUUCUUUGGCACCGGCCCUCUGAAGAGGUAAAGCAGGCAAAACGAUUGAAGGGGUGGAGAAAGGACUCCACUUCCAUGGAAGGCUGUCACAGCUUCUCUGCCAGCUGCCUCACCCAGUUCUGCAUCCUCUUCAAAAGGACUUUCCUCAGCAUCAUGAGGGAUUCGGUCCUGACGCACCUGCGGAUCACUUCCCACAUUGGCAUCGGCCUCCUCAUCGGGCUGCUCUACUUGGGGAUCGGGAACGAAGCCAAGAAGGUCCUGAGCAACUCCGGCUUCCUUUUCUUCUCCAUGCUCUUCCUCAUGUUUGCAGCCCUCAUGCCCACCGUCCUCACGUUUCCCCUGGAGAUGGGAGUGUUUCUUCGAGAACACCUGAAUUACUGGUACAGCCUGAAGGCCUACUACCUGGCCAAGACCAUGGCUGACGUGCCCUUUCAGAUCAUGUUCCCCGUGGCCUACUGCAGCAUCGUGUACUGGAUGACGUCCCAGCCGUCCGACGCCGUGCGCUUCGUCCUCUUCGCGGCGCUGGGUACCAUGACCUCCCUGGUAGCGCAGUCUCUGGGCCUGCUGAUCGGAGCCGCCUCCACCUCCCUGCAGGUGGCAACCUUCGUGGGCCCCGUCACGGCCGUCCCCGUCCUCCUCUUCUCAGGAUUCUUCGUCAGCUUCCACACGAUCCCCACCUACCUGCAGUGGAUGUCCUACAUUUCCUAUGUCAGAUAUGGGUUCGAAGGGGUCAUCCUCUCCAUCUAUGGCCUCGACCGCGAGGACCUGCACUGUGACAUCGACGAUACGUGCCACUUCCAGAAGUCGGCGGCCAUUCUCAGAGAGCUGGACGUGGAGAACGCCAAGCUCUACCUGGACUUCAUUGUCCUGGGGAUUUUCUUCAUCUCCCUGCGUCUCACUGCCUACCUUGUGCUGAGAUACAAAAUCCGGGCAGAGAGGUAAAGCACUGGAAAGCCAGAGAGAGGAAAAUCGGACACAGUGGCCAAGGGCCACUUGCAGAACCUGCGGCAAGCCCGGGCCUGAGGACGCAGACACUCCUGUGACCCAACCCCUGGGACCACAUUUGGUUGUUGGGCGUCCAGUGCUGGAUGGACAUCACCGCCCCGCUGGGUUGGGCCUUCUCUCCAUUACCCUUUCUAGCUGUAACUAAGAAGAAGAUGUAGAAAGGUUUUUUUUUCCACGUGCAGGAUUUUAAAAUACCACCCCUGAGGCAGAAUUUAAAACUGCAACAAAGCUGGUGACGAGAGGGCUCCUCGGCAAAAUUCUUCCUUCUGACCAGGGAGCUCUGGUCCUGGACCGGGGAUUCAGGCAGCUUCCUGGGAAUCCCUGUGCAGUCAGACGUCCAGGGGCAGAAAGGCAAAGCCAGGAGCGAUUCCAUUCUGUGACUAGUGUUUUCGUAGUUUCACCUUUCUACGGUUUGUCUCUUUUUCCAACGAGGUCAUUUUCCAAGCCAAAAGUCGAUAAAUUUCAUUCAUUUCCAGAAACUGUACCUUUUUAGUACUUGGUGAAGAAAAUUAUUCAGGGUAAAUAUACUUUGUUUAGAGAUGAGAGGGGUUUGAUUUGAUCGCUGAGCUGGUCUCAUUUACAGACAGAACUUGGGAAAGACACAGAAGCCGGCUCCAGGUUGAAGGGUGACCUUGGAACCGUACGCACUAAGCCGUGUGGAAAUCUUUUAAAGUUACACAGAAAGUUGUAAGGUGAAAUUGGCCAUCUCUUUCAAAGUCUUUUAUUUUCCCCGUGCUUCUUAUUUUAAGCAAAAUAUAUUGGGUUUUUUUUUCUUCCUAACUUUCCAAGCACCUUAAUUUUGCCUAAAAAAAAAUUCUAGAAAAUCAAUCCUGUUGAUUUUUUACAAACAUUUCUCUUCCCUGACAUAUCACAUCAACUACCUCCACUGAACCUGGGGACGCUGGGCUUAGAGAAACUCCAGGUGUGAACGUUGUGCAGGUGUAGCCCGCAAAAGUUGCGCUAACUGCACAGGAGGGAAGAUGCUGAGAUUUCCUGAGAAUCCAAGGCCUUUGCCAGAAACUGGCGAAGACUUAGUGUGGCCGAGGCAUCUGGAACUCCAUCACAUCAUGACUGAGAGCCGUGGGAGGGUCCGUCUCCCACAUCUGGUUUCCAUGGCGUCUCAGCGGCACCUUCACCUUCUCAGCGCCGGGCUAGCAUAGUCUUUCCAGACCAGAAACUCCUUUCCAGUGAUACAGUCGCAUAAGUAAAAUCCCUCUAGCACAGGAGCAGUGGGCACGUCUGCAGGGUAAACGGCCUUUGAAUUCAUGGCGGGCGCCCGUGUGCUUGUUGGCGGCAGUAUGACCCCAGUGUGGAAGGGGACUCUGGCCAUAGAAGGUCCUCGGAAGGAAAACGGAAUCGCUUUCCCCUUCUAGAAUGCCGUGAACCUGGAAUCCGGGUCUCCUAAUGAAAGACUGUAUUUUUUGUGGGCAGAUUCAUUCAUGUCCCUGAGCCCCAGUUUCCCCACCUGUAAAGAGCAGCACGAGAUCGUCCUCAAGGUCACGUUCAGCUCCGAAAGGUUCUGAGAUUCCUAGGUUGUGUUCCAGAACUUCUUUUUCCUAUUUAAGAGAAUGAGGAAGGUGCAAAUUUUAGUCACAUGCAUUUGAUUUGCAAGUUCUUAGAGGCCUCUUUUUCACCCUCAGAUCCCUUUUAGUAAACACAAUUGAGGUAUUUCAAAUGUAAUUUUACGUUUACUGUUUUACACCAAUGUGGCGUUGCCUUCCAGAUUAAGUUACUUAACCAGGGUCAAACUUAGCCUUUUUAAAAAGUCUUUAUUCAGUUUCAAGGUAGACUUGCCUGUAUGAAUGUCACACGUAGGAAGACACACGUGGGAACAGCCUGGUGAAAUAGAGAGUUGGGAAUAGGAGAAGUCCUGGACCAUGCCUCAGAAUUACAUCAGCUGAGGCCACUGUUGAAAGAUUUUUCCCUCCAGGUGAGUCCUUCCAGUCGUGGGUCUGUGAGCCCAAGAAGGACAUGCACACGGGUAUUUUUUCAAGGAUGCUACCUGGAGUGCGGCGAGUACGCUGAGGUCACCACCGCAGGAUAAUCUGAUUCGGAGCACCUGAGGCCGUAUCCAGUGAGGAUGUCGACCUGGAAAGCUGCUUUCAUCAGUCUUCAAGUGUCAGCGAUGCCCCUCGCUCCAGCUCUCUCACCCUAAACCCUCGGCAGCAUAGACCCAGACGCUGCAGUUUGGGUCUCCAGAUGCUUCCCCUCUGCUUUUUGCUAUAGGGAAGAUUGCAUUGCUUAUUGCAAUGGCCCAAGAAAACAUGCAAGCAGCUUGUUGAUUUUAUUUUUCUAAGUAGGUGCCGUUAAGAAGUGUGGGGCGGGGGGCGGUGACGUGCUACCUUUCAUACGCUGGAAUUUAAACCAGGCCGACUUCCCAAAUCUACUUCUUUUAAGUAAUUUCUGAAUGUAAUGACUCAGAUCUUCCUUUCGUCUGAUCGCGCUUCUUCGUUUAGAAGGACGGAGGAAACGUCGGAUGAAUGAUGUGCAGCCUUUGCAGUUGUUAGUAGAGAAGGAAGUGGAAGUCCAAAGAAUAUCACUGUUCCAUGGAACUGGGGAGAGGAAGGGCCUCCGCUAGGUCCUAGUGUCCGCUCCGCGGAGGCGUCAGGGCCUGGGUCUGCUGACCAGCCCUGUCUCGGGAGCCGUGCACCUCUGUCCACGUUCAUAGCAUUUUGUGCCUCCUACCCUUGCUGGGUAUCAGCUCGAGAAUUAAAUGCUUCAAAAGCUCCUGUGUGGGUGACAUGGGAAGGAAAGAAAUCAGGUAAACAUUUUACAUAGAAGAUGCCGGAAUCUGAUUGUCACCUUGUGGGGAGGGGCUUCAGAACCAAGAAAUAGGACUUAAGCUUUUAGGUAAAAACUCAUCCUGGAGACCCACAAAAAGGUCAUUUUCCCACCUAAGAAAGGCACUGCCAGGAGGUCAGGGGCAGGCUGAAUCCACGGGGUAGAAAGCCCGCCGGUGGGUUCACUGAGGAGAGAACAGCUUGGGCCUCAGUGCCCCGAGCAUCCUUCCUUGCCGGGUGGCCCGGGAGCUGGCUGGAUGCCUUACCCACGCCUCUGUUCACUUACUCAGCAGACGUGUGUUGACCCAUCCCUGCAUGCUUGACGUGGCCCAGGCACAGGGGCUUGGAGCUCAGAGCGGGCUCGCCCUCCAGUGCUGGCAGGCCGCAGGGUGUCUUGUUCUGCAGACGCAGGGUGCCGACGCUGGAGAGGGUCCGUGAGGCCCCGGGUCCAGGGCCGGGAAAGGGCCCACGUCGGACCCCAAAUUCUCUGUUUUUUGUUUUGCCGUAUUGCCUCCUGUUCAUAGUGUGCAAAUGUACAGGAAAACACUUUGCAAGGUCUGAAAUGCAAUACUAGGUUAGCUCUGGACUUGCUGUCAUCAAACGGACAGCUGAGAUGGGGGGUAGCCUGUGCCCCUUUCCUCAAUUGCCUGGCGUAGGGGUGUCCCGAGCUGGCCUGGGGGCCCAGCUUCUUACCCCCCGUCUCAGUGGAGAGGUGCCUUCCUCUGCCUUCGCUCAGCCUUAGCUUCUUAACUCAGCGCACCAGUGGGCUGACUGGGGCCCGAGAGGGGCUGGUGUGUGUGUGUGCGCGCAUGCGUGUGUGCCUAUGAGUGUGUGCAUGCACACACGUGUGCACACACACGAGGGCACGUGCCAGCUCGAUCCGGGUAUGUAUCUCAUAGUAUUAUCUGUGGUGUUUCUAAAUCGUCAAUCGUCCUUUACUGCAAGAAAGAAAGAGAACAUUCCCUCACCUCAUGCCUGCCGAGCAGUUGGUAAAGUGUAGUCAGAACCCACUAAGUCUUUCAGCAAAUACCAGCUCAAUUAGAAUGUGACAAAAACCAAAACAAAACAACCCAGCAGGGCGGAGGGUGGUGCAGCGUGUGUGGCUAUAAGGUUAGAUGCUCUGGAGAAAUAAGACUGCUAAUAAAAUAUUUAUGUAAAACUUUU